GUUCAUGAUUCAUUCAUCAGUUUGUCCUGUCGAUUUGCCAGAUUUUCGAUAACCUUCAGAUCCAGAAUAUUUCGUGAUUGGAAAAAUGCAACGAACGAUUACGACGUUUUCGCGAAGCAUCUCUGCGUUAAGUCAAGUGAGAAUGGUUGGAGAACGUGGUUCAGGUGCUGGCAAGGGAGGAGGUGGCGGUGGUGCUGUUCGUGAUGCUGGCGGUUCUUUCGGAAAGAUGGAAGCUGCCCAUGAGGACCAAUACUUCUAUAAUCUGCAAAAGGAACAAUUACAAAAGAUGCGAGAGAGCUUGCACGAUGAGAUCUCAUUCCACGAGGAACAGAUCAAGCGUCAUCAGGAGGCUAUUAACCGUCACAAAAAGCGAAUUACAGACAUGGAUCAGAAAGAGUGAACAAAGUUAUUAGCGUGAUACUCCGACUGAUCGGCGGCUUUAUUAUUGGUUUUGAUGUAAGAAAAUAGUUCGAAAAUAGUAGAACUAAUAGAGUAUCACAGUCUUCUGUAUAAACUGUUACAUUAUAUCGAUAUUAAAUGUAAUGCUCUUAAUAUAUAUGUUACUUAAAUUUGAAUGGUGUUUCCUUAUAUGUUGUAUGGAUUGCUUUUAACGAGAUUAUCGACUUUGUACUUUGAAGUGUCUGCAAGAUUAUACUUGAAAAUAAAACGUA